AUGGCAUCAUCAAAGUAUGGCAAGCAUUAUAGGAGCAAUUGUAUUAUCAUCAAAAAUCCGAAGGUAAUUCAGGUAACUGAGCAAAAUGACAAACGAAUCCUGAAAUUAGAUGAAACUGAAUUUGUAAUUAAUGAUAAACAAAUGAUUGCAACGUCUAAUUUUCUCAAACGAAUGCUUAUUGAUGAGAGGAAAAAAGUGAUUGUACUUGAUGGAUUAAAGAAAAAACAGCCAUGCUUUGAUACGAUUGGUUUAGAAAUUGCAAUAUCAUUUGCAAUUGGAUAUGCUGAAAUACCAUUGAAUCAAAUUAUCAGUGCAUUGGCAGCAGCAAAUGCGCUUGAAAUGUGGGAUAUGCGCCAAGCAAUUAUUAAAGAACUUUGCAUAUUAGCAGCUAAACCAGAAAGCGCCCCAUUUGCUAUUAAUGUUGCUGUAUGUAAUUUGGAAAAAAAUAUGGCAAAAUAUGUCAUAAAGCAUUCUGCUACAAUCGAAAAGCAUGAAAAGCAAGCAAUAGCCAAAUUAGCAAUACAUGCAAUGCAAGUUUGGUGCGAUAAUGAUAAUCAACGUUACACGGUUAAUUAA